ACUAUGUCCGAGCAUGAGGACGCAGAGUUAAAUCUUCUUUACGACACAUCAAAUCAAGGCCGCUCUCAACGGGUUUCAAGGGCACCCGAGGUUCAGUCGACACGAAGUACUAACGGCAACGUAAGUGACUUGGCGGAUGCAGUAAGUUUGUUCAAAAGCGUAAUCGAUUCUCAGUUUGCAUCAUUAUCUGAAAAACUUUUGACUGAACAGAAAGCUAAUGCAAAAAGUCUCUCUAAGAAGAUAAAAGAAAGCAAAAGCACGCGAAUUCAAGGGGAAGGAAAUCGCAUUCAAUACAUUUUUAACGAAGAAAUUAUUGAAGACUUAGACAAUCUUUCCAUUGUUGUUAACGACAGUUCGGCUGUUUCUGUAAUAAAUGAUAUUAAAGAAAAAUUGCAGAAGCGCAAUAAGCUUAUCAGAAUUGCAGACAGCAGUCCAGCAGGAUGGAAGACUGUUAGGGAAUACGAGCAGAAUGACUACGCAGAUGACUCGGACGACGACAAAAAGAUUCGCAGCGCGGAGUCACGGGCUAUGCGGCAGAAAUUCCGGGGGAGGGAACGGCCCACACCGUACAGCCGUUCGGUGCCAGCAGCAGCAGGGUCUCAGGCGCAGCUUUCCUCUGGCAGUUUUGGUGGCUACCCUCUACUUAAUCAGCCCUUUCGUGCCUUUGGGGGUUCAAGGAGAACCCCCCAGCUUUCAGACGUGUGUCACAGGUGCUUCAAGACGGGACACUGGAAAAGUCGAUGCCCCCUCAACUACACACAAUCCGCCACAGGGUCUGCAGGGGCAAGCUCUUCAGCCGGUCAAUGAUGAUGAGUAUUACUAUAGUUCCAGCUGGUCCGGUAUUCUCAAUAUUUCGAAAAGCAUUAAAGAAAAUUUGAUUUCUUAUGAUAGAAAAUGUAAUUUGAUAACAGGUAGAGUCAAGAAAAGUUUAUUUCAUAAUCUUCAUUUUUGGAAAGAAAUAGAUGUUUAUGAUUCGGUUUUUUCUAUGAUCAAAAAUGGAUAUUCCCUUGAUUUUGAAAUUCACCCCCCUUCAAAACACUUUGAGAAUAAUAAAUCAGCUAUGUAAAAUGACAAUUUUGUUU